GCUCGAUUUUCGGUGUAGGGUAUUUUUGCCCACCCUAGUCCUUCCUCCUACGCCGGACCGGACCACAGCGCCGCGGCAGCGGCGGCAUCCCCUCCUCCGUACCAUCACCCCGUCCACCCCCACUGACUCUGCGGCUGAGCGCCUCCAGACACCCCAGCUCCGCAGGCGGUGCUAGGGCUGUCCCAGUGGCCCACCCACCGGAGCCGGUGAAACCCUGCGCCGAUCGGUUCCCCGUUUCCCCAAUUCGCGUGGCGAGCGAUCCGGCCGCGAGAUUCCGCCCUGCUCUUGCACGCCCCCGCGCUUGGACUAGUCGCUGAUUUUGGUUCGCGAGCUCCUGGUUUUGCCUAUAGGGCUCGCUCGCAGCCGCCGCCCUCUGUGUGCGGAAGCUCAAUCACGAUGUUCCCGUGGGAAAUGGAUGAUGAUGGUGAAUCGAGUGGAGCUCCGGGGGAGACGGAUGAUCUGGAAAAUUAUGCAUUUGAGAACGAAAGUUGCGGCAUUUGUAGAGACAUCAUCAUUGAUAGAGGAGUUUUAGAUUGUUGCCAACACUGGUUUUGCUAUACAUGCAUUGACAACUGGGCUGCCAUCACAAAUCGUUGCCCUCUUUGCAAAAAUGAAUUUCAGCAUAUAACAUGCACUCCAUUAUAUGGCACGACGGGAGCUACUAAUGAGGAUGAAUACUCUCUAACCAGUGGUGAUGAUGAUUGGUAUGUGCAAGAGGAAAGCAACGCGUUUUCCUUCCCAUCAUAUUAUAUUGAUGCAGAAGCGGUAGUUUGUUUGGAUGAUGGUGAUUGCAAGAUUCGGAGUGGACUUGUGGCAGCUGAGGAUGGUUCAACAUUAGAUACAUCAAUUGCUUGUGAUUCCUGUGAUAUAUGGUAUCAUGCUAUAUGCGUGGGGUUUAAUCCAGAAAUGACAUCUGAAAAUUCGUGGUUGUGCCCAAGAUGCAUGUCUACUGAAGUGAAACACAGGGCAGAUGUAAUCUUGAAGCAAAACUUCAGUGAGGAAUGUGUCAUUGGUUCUGAUAGGACAACUACUGAUGCAUCUUUUUCUGGGAGGGUAUCAGUAUCUGUUGCUGAUGAGGGUGAAACUGCCCUUGUUGUAUCAAUGGUUGGUGCACAUUCUGAAACUAGGGGUGCUCUAUCAGAAGCUUCACUAGGCUUGAAGACAGCACAGGAAACAUUUAAUUGCAGUUCAUAUCCAAGUCAUUCCAAAGAUGAUUUUACAGAUACUGUUGCAGAUGCUAGUAUACUAACGAACACAGAUAGUUUCAGUAGAUCCCACCAUAAUUAUUCUGAAAUGAAUGUUAUCUGCACUGUUUCUUCUGACCAAACAGAAAGGUCAUUAGAAUUUUCGCCAGUACGUGAGUCAUCUACAACCUUAUUUAGCUCAGAGCAGGGUAGCAUAUCAAAUGAACAGUUGGAAGUUCCAAAGCUUGUGUCAUCUAGUUCGUUAGUCGACAACAGCAAGGAGGCCAAAAAUACGGGAGUGGAGAAUCAAGUGCAUGAAAAUAAUAACCAAAAAUCUCCUGUAAUCAAAUCUCCACAGCCUUCCUCACCAGCUAGUAAGAUGGUAAGAUUGACUGACAUAGAUAUGACUGAAGCAGAUGCAGUUCAGCAGAUGAAAACUGCUCAGAACGUGCAGUUGUCACCCAGGCAUGAUGGACAUAAGAGCUGUGACAUAAAAGAAAAUAAAGGCACGGAAUCAGGAAAUGAAGUGAACCACCCUGCGAAGAAAGCAAAAUUGGAAGUUCAAGAGCAGGCCGUGAAUAUAAUCGAAAACUCUGGUGUUUUUUCAACACACAGUCAUACUGCUUCUAGUUCUGCAAAAGCUACUAUUGUUGAUAUGCCAGAGUUUGUUCCACGACAUAAAUCUGUUCCUGAUAUAAUGAGUAUAGUUGAAGGAGAGGACUACAUAAGAGAUCCUGGUAGAGAGCAGGCAAAGCCUGUAGGAAGAAGAGCAGUAGAUAAGCCUGGUCUUAGAGUGAAGAAGAUCUUCCGAAAGGAAGAAGGAAAAGAAUCAGCUGUUGUAGUUCAAAAGCUACAACAAGAGAUAAGAGAAGUAGUUAGAGAUACCGGUACUAAUAUACUCGACAAGGAUGUAUCUUUUGAUGAAAAACUCUUGAUUGCGUUCCGUGCAGCUAUUGGAAAGUCAGUGGAUGGACCAGCCAAAAGUACCAACCAUUUGCUGAUAAGAACAAGGAGGUCAUUACUUCAAAAGGGCAAGAAACGUGAGAAUCUGACCAAAAAGUUAUAUGGAACAUCCACAGGAAGAAGAAGAAGUGCAUGGCAUCGUGAUUGGGAAGUUGAAUUCUGGAAACAUCGUUGCUUCCCAGGAAUAAAUCCUGAAAAGAUUGAGACACUGCAAUCAGUACUUCAGCUACUUAAGAAAUCCUCUGAAAUGGACAAGGAAAGUGCUCAGGGGAAAAAGGGAGAGAACAACAAUUCCAUUUUGUCCCGGUUGUAUUUAGCUGAUGCAUCAGUUGUUCCCAGGAAGGAUGAUAUAAAACCUCUCUCAGCCCUUGCAGGAUGUGCACUAUUAGAUAAAAAUAGCCAAAUCAAAGCUAUUAAUAGCACAUCUCCUAACAUACCUGGAGCAGGGACUGAUACAAUCAAAAUCAAUUCACCCAGCAGCACUGCGAAAGUAUCAAGCUCUUCAAUUUUGAAUAAAGAAGCAUCUAGCAGAAGAGAAAAUAGAAACAGCCAGCCCUCACAGAAUGAAAAAAACCAAUCUGCUGGUGAUAUCAAGCAUGACAAAAGAAAAUGGGCUCUUGAGAUCCUGGCAAGAAAAAAUGCCGGCUCUAUUACAAGCAAAGAUCAUACUGGAGACACUGAUGCUCUCAAGGGGAACUUCCCUCUACUAGCACAACUUCCUGCAGAUAUGAGGCCACAGCUCGCAGCUGGCCGGAAUAAUAAAGUUCCCGUAUCAGUUAGACAGGCACAACUUCACCGCAUCGCUGAGUAUUAUUUGCAGAAAGCAAAUUUGGAUGUCAUUCGCAGAUGUGCAGAUACUGAAUUGGCUAUUGCUGAUGCUGUCAAUGUAGAAAAGGAUAUUUACGAAGGGUCAAAUAGCAAAUCAGUUUAUGUGAAUCUUUGCUCUCAGGCUACUCGCCAGUCUGCCAAGGGAAAAUCCGAUAAUGACACUUCAACUCUAACCGAAAAGACUGAAUUAGGCAGUGAUCUGAUAUCACAGCAAGUUACAUCUGAGGAUACCAACGUUAGUGGCAGUGAUAUGGAACUAAUGGAAGAGGUUCUAAACAGAACAGUCGUCUCUGAUCAAAAGAGUGAACUAGGCGAUGAUAUUGCACCAGAGCAAACUGUGCACAAACACACUGUUAGCUUCAGCAGUGCGGAAGAAGCACUAAAGAAAGCGGGCCUCUUUGAUUCCCCUCCUAACAGUCCUGAGAGAGAGAUCACGGCAGUUGAAGGUAAUUCUAAUUCCAUGUCAGUUUCUGAUUGUCCAAAGUUUUCACCUAGGAAAUAUCCAACUGUCAAAGAUACACUGUUCGUGAAUGCAGGAGAAUGCAACGUCAGGUGCAUUGUUGAUUUGGACUCUGAACUGAGCAAAAGCUUAAAGUCAAGUCCCGAAUCUAGGGUGAAGGACAUAUCCUCACUCAAAGAUGGCAAAUCAUCAGUGCCUAAUGAUUUUGAUGCUGCAAAUUGUCAAAACCUCCAUACAGCGAUGUCUUGUCAGCAAUCAAAAACUAAUUCUGAGGAGCAACAGAAGUUGACAGCCAGCGGAGAAACUAAGGGUGCGACAGCAAAUGAAACCAGUGCAAUGAACUUGGCUGAAGCUGAUAGGUGUAGUGUGCAAUGUGAAAAAUCAAGUGGACCAGGUAAGGGAACUGUAGAUGAUAGUAACAUGCCUGAUGAAAGUACCGGUCAUGUGGAGAACCCGAGAGAUACGGAAAAAACAGCAAGCAGUUUGCCUAAUCAAUCUCCUCAUGGGAAUGUUUCGCCAAGAGAAGGUGAAGUGGUCAGCAGACGGAAGAAUUUGGAGUGCAGUAAAGAGAAACCUUCCAGUGACAAUCCAUCUUUGAAAAGCAAACAUCCCAAAGGAGACAAGCAAACCCAUCCAGCGGAAGGUGGAGACGAUUCAAAGAAGCCAGCAACAGAUCAAGCCAAUAAAAACACAUCAGAUUCCUCUAGUACUAUUUAUAAGAAGGUUGGAAUGUUUGUGAAAGAGCACAUCAGGCCACUUUGCAAGAGUGGUGUAAUUACCGUCGAUCAGUAUAGAUGGGCUGUCGCAAAAACAACGGACAAGGUAAUGAACUUCCACCAUGACGCUAAAAAUGCGAACUUUUUGAUCAAGGAGGGCGACAAGGUGAAGAAGCUUGCGCUGCAGUACGUUGAAGCAGCUCAGCAAAAGGUCAAUUGACUGCCAGAUUUUGUAAAACUUAAUCGGGACGGCGAUUCAUUAAUACAUGAAGUCCAUGUGGGCAAAUUGGGAAGCACAUGGUUAAGACUAAGGUGCGAACGUGCGUUAAGGAUGCAAGUGGGUUAACCGAUGGGUAGUUGGGUCACCACAGUUCAUUUAACUUAUAAAUCCAAGGAAAAAUGAACUGACAAUUAGGUGAUACUGGUUCUGGGUCGACCUAAAAAAAAUCUUACAUCCUUACCUUGUGUUCUAGUUCCCACAAUCUCUUUUUGUACAUUUAACUCCUGAGAAAACAGUUUAUAACUGCAGCUUUA